GUUUGUCAAAAUGAAGAGAGGAACCAUUCUGUGGAAGAGCUUAGCAAGUCUGAAAUCCAGGAGGAGCUGAAAAAGGCUAAUAGCCUUCCUAGUUUGACUCCUGGAACGAAAACAGCAGAUAAAGACAAACAACCCCGAGAAGGAUUUUUUCAUUUUCUUGGAAGCUUAUUUAAUAUUGCAACAAAAUCUUCUUUAGUAGAAUCUAAACCCUCUAUCUUCCAAGAUGAACCCAACAGAUGUGAAAAGGAUUUACAGAACACAAAUACCCUUCCAGAGGACAAACAGCCAAAGUGUUCAAGAGCUGAAGAGCCUAUCUCUUCUACUAGUAGAAGGAAAGAGGAUUCUGUAAAUAAAGAUGAAGCCACCUUAAAUAAUAUUGGGAAAGAUAUCUCACAGGAUCUGCAAGGAAGCCGGAAACGAUCUGCAGAUGGACAAAAGCAGAUGCAACGGAAGCCAGAAGUACCCGCAGUCACUUACGCAACAUAUCGAGGUUCUGCAAGGAUUAGGCAGCUACUGAAGAAUCAGUCAGAAGUGGCUGAAAAAGGAGAAGAAAGUACUGAGAACAUAAAUGUUUCAAUGGUCAAAAAAAAUGGAGAAAUUCAAGCAACUGUCUCUCCAAAAUCAGGACACUUAAUAAAUGAAAAUGGAGAUGGAGGUAAAGAUUACGAAGAGGAAGUUACAGUAAAUUCUUCCACAGUUAAAAUGAGAAAGAAGUCUGGGGAAGCCUGGCAUUGCUUGGGUAGCAGUAAACAUGAAAUAACUGCAAAGGCCACAUCUUCAUCUACCGAAUCGUCUCAUGAGAUAGACUUAAAAUACAUGCCUGCUUUAGCUGCAGGAAAAGUUAGAAGAACGUACUCGCUAGAUUCAUUAUUGUCAUCUAGUAGCAGAAACAAUGAGAUCCUAACCAAUUCCGCUUCACAGGUUGCCAGUUCCCUUAAAAUGAGUUCUGCAAAUGAUUUGGGUGGAAAAGAAGAUGGACUGCUAGGAGAAGCAGAUGCUCUGUUUCAGUCGGACAAAAAGGCCACUUCUAACUUUGUUAAAGAAGACAGUCAUAGUAAACCAGUUAAUAAGGAGUCCACAAAAGAAAUGCAGGAUGAUUGUUUACACUCACUCAAAUCAAAAAGUAAGACAAUUAAUGAAGAACUACAGGUGAAUGAAGGAGAAUUCUGCUGUAAUCACCAAAUGGAUAGUCACUCAGAGCUAAUAUCGGAUGCCCAGAAGCUUCAUUCCAGUACCACUACAGUUCAGCAGCAAGCAGAUCAGCAUACAAGUAGUGCAAAUAAAAAUAGAGAUCCAAGAAAAAAUGAUACCCGGAAAAUCGUUGCAGCUGCCGGAGAGCAAAAUUCACAGAACUCUCUUUCUACUGUUCUUUUGCCAUUUAAUGAACAAAUACCCACUUUGCUUAGCAUGGAGUCCAAAGAAGAAAAAUCUAAUAUAACUAAUUCAGUCUCAUCUGUUAAAAACGAUGGAGUCAUGGACAGGGGGACUUGUAAUGAAGAACUGCAUGAGUUAGGGAAACCAAUGCAUGUAGAAAAUGGUCACCAGUUAAUCCACGUGCAGAAUUCUAAGGAUACUGCCACACAGCAGACCACUUUACCUUGUCUAGAAACUGAGGGUGUGGAAACAAUUAAGAUUUUAUCUGAGGCUGCAGUGGAAAACUCUGCCAGUGUGUUGUCAUGCUUACAUGGGUGUGAAAGUGUGAAAUCUAACUUCGAUGAGCUGACAGAACCUCUCUGUGUAGCUCACGAGUCAUCUUUUGAAACUGAAGACUGUUGCUCAGAUUCUCUUCAUCCUAGUUGCAAGUUCAAAAAUAAAACUAUAGAGAAAGGAGAAGUCAGGUUAAAAGGUUCAGGAGAGACACUUUCUCAUCCUGAUCUUGAAUAUGAGAAGAGCAAAUCCUUUGAACCUAUCGAGAUGAACCUCUCAGAAAGGGCUAUUCCUCUCCACAGCUGUGGUCCUCUUUCCGUUGAAACUGCUCAAGACAUUCCUGCCGAGACAUUAGUUAUAUUUGCAGAAGAUAACGCAGCAAAGCCUGCACCUUGCCCACUAAUCUCUGUUGAUAGGUCAGAUGAUCAUACUUCUGCUCCUAAAAUUGGCAAAACUGGUGUGACUGAGGCUACUCUUGCUCCCUCUGAGUGUAAAGAUUGCAUCUGUGAUCUUUCUUCUCAUAUUUCUAAAUCACAAGAAAAAAGUCUGGAGGUUUCUCUUUCUGCCUUGAGAUAUGGAGGAAGACCUUUGACCAAUCAUUCUGCCUUCAUCUAUGAAGAAAAUGUUGACGUAGACAUAAUUUCGGAAUCUCCACCCAUUUCUAAAGAUAGGUGUAUUAAUUUUUCUUCCAAGAAGGGAAACAGUAAUAAGCCUAUGAUAUCGCCCACAGUACUUGAUUCUUCAUCUGACAAGCAAGGAAAAAUGCCUUCUCCUGCCACUAACUCUGAAAAUGGCCAGGUUGCUUCUGAACAGGACAGCUUUGGUUUUCCAGCUGCUGAGUCUAGGAGAAUAAUCCCUGACGACAGGAUGACCGAAGUGCCGCUUUGUUCAGAAGAACCGAGCGCUUUGUGCCUGGUUGGUUCUCUGGAACCUGAACUUACUUCAACUAUGCUUGAUAACUCUGCUGCUGGAGUAAACGCAGGGGAUGUUUGCAUCCCCAGGCCCACAUCACCUACUUUGGGAUGCAGAGAAGCCUCUGACCUUUCCAUUUCUUCCUUGGAAAUGUUGGGCAUUGCUCAGGGGAACAGUGAUUCUUCCAGUCACAGAGCUAGUGUUGGGGCAGAGGGGACUUCCUUCGCACAACAGGCUGACAGCAGCGUCUUGGCAGAGGCAUUGCCAUCACCCAUCUGUCCUGUGAAAUCUUUGAAAAUGGUGUCCCAGCCAGCCUGUACUGAGAAUGUUUGCAGAAAUGCUCUGGGACAGGUGAUUCUCAGUAACUGCGCUUCUGCUAUCUCAGAAGCCCCUUCUGUGACGGAUAAUCAAACAGCUGCCACACCGACAGCAUCAGUUGAGUUAUGUUCUCAGAAAGUAUGGGAAGAUACCAAUGUGAAGGGACAAGAACAUGCUCAAUUCCAAGAUGCUGCUAUUUUGUUUCAAAAAGCUGAGGAAAUAGUAAACUUGGUUUUACACUUGGCUAUAGAAGAAAUAAUAGCAAAACAAGCCAUUGGUGUCUGCCAACUUUGUGGGAGCAAGGAUAGUUUAAUAAAUACAGAUGUUCUGAAUGAUCACAAAGCUGGAGCUGUACAGCUAGAAGCAGAAGAAAUCCAGUCAGCUGUGCAGUCAUUAAAAUAUUUUAAUGAGGGCAGUAGAGGAGGCUCAUCUUCAUUUACAGGAAAUGAAACAGUGGAUACAAAUAGUCAAGAUGAAAAAAUGCUGUCUUAUAUCCCUGAUAAAAUUGAUCUGCGUAGUGCACUAGCACUAAAAGCAAAAGAAACAAUUGAUGAAGUCAUUAACUCAGCCAAACAAAAACUUGCUUCCAGUCAGUGGCAAGACAGUGAGAGUAAAAGGCCUUCUGAAACAGUGGAGCCUAAACCUAAGGCUGAUACGCCGAAGAAUUUACAGCUGGAUGUGAAGUUACCUGCCAAAACACAGGAACCAACAGAGAAGAAGGAAACUCAGAGUUUAACUGUAAACUGUGAAAAGGCAGAUUUGUCAGAUCUGCCUUUGCCUUCAAAUAGUGUGGAAAAUGGUAUAGAUGGACCUCGAAGAGAUGAAAAGAUGCCAAAUAAUGCAUUUACAUGUGAAACAAGUGGUUUUCUACCCACUGAUAGUUCAGCAAGGCCAGAAAUAGAUGUUACUACACUAGCAAAAGAAAGACAUGAUAGAAAAGUGUGUGACCAUCUGGCUGCAGCAGAGAUGUGUGGCAAAGCUGGAGUAUCAGCAGCUAGUAGAAAAUCUGAUGGAUCUUUACAUUUAAUACACAGGGAUGCUACUGUGACUAAAGACAUGCUUUUGUCAAUGCAGUUAAAAGAUUCAUGCAAUAAUUCUAAUAUGCAAGAGUGCACAUUGCUGCCAACUGUACAUGUUAAUUUGCCAUCUUCUAUGCCUGAUAAGGAAUGUAUUGGCACACAGAGUGAAUCCAAAGACAAAAGCAGUCCUCGGGGAUCUCUGGAAAGCAGUGCGGAGUACAGUCUGGAUGAACACUGCAGAAGAGAGUUGACAGAAGUACCUGCACAAGUAAAGGCAACCUUAGAAGAUUCAAAGGUAGUGGAGAGUAAAGAGGAACUAGCAGAAGAAGCAAGUGAGGUAGCAGAGGUUAAUAUUAGAUUAAACACACAGGUCGUUGUACCUGAAUUGUCUGGUUUUGGAGAGGACCAUGAAGGGAAAAUCUGCCUCAACACAGUCUUUACCCAAAGUAAUGAGAACUUGCAGCAGAUAAAUGAUCAGAAUGUGAAGAGAAAUGAUCAGCUUGAAGAAAAUGGUCUGGACUGCAGCGAUGGCAUGAAGGAAUCGACAGAUCUUUUGACCUUUUCUCCAUUGAUUGAACAGUGGGAAAACAGUUCUUUUACUAUCAUUUAUGAAGGUGCCCUUCAAACUGAGAACAAAUCUGUCUCAACUGAUGAUAUGCAAACUGGUUCACUGUCUUCUGAUUUGCCUUCAGGUAAUAUAGAUCAUCUAAUGUGUGAAAGAGCAAAGGAUAAACAUGAGCCAGUCUGUCUUUAUGGGAAGGAUAAGUUGAAUGAAGCAACAGGUAGCUCGGAGUCAUUUCUGAGUGUGGAGGCGAAGCGCUAUAAAGUCUAUCCUUUCUCUUUGUCUCCUAUAUACGAAGACGACAGCUCCCAAGAAGACUUACUGUCCACAGACGUGUCACCGGAAGGCCAUUCUAAUGGAAUAUCUAAAGCUAACACUGACCACGCUUCUGUGCUCUCCCUUCUCCAGUCAGUUUCUGAGCGCUUACAGUUUACUACUCAGUUCAGUAAAGACGAGGAGGAGGGAGUGGAGGAGGAGGAAGAGGAAGAAUCAUCAUAUGAAGAAAACAUGCCUGAUGUUGAGAGAGAUGACUGUCCUUCCAGUCAGUGGAGAGGAAACUUAGAAACAACCCUUCCAUCAAAUGAUGAAAAUAUAUCUUUGGUUCCUGCACAAUCAGUUUUUCUUUUGAAAGAACAACUUGACUCUAAGGAACAACCAGAACUGUUUCCAGAUGCGGCUUCUCCCAGUCACACACCUUGUAAGCCAGUUUCACAGAAAGCUGAUGCUUCUGUCACCUGUCCUCCUACAAGUGUAUACUACCAGUAUUUGAAAUCUGCCAGCAAUUGCUCCUCCGAGAAGGGGACCAGGUUUGGAAGUCUUCUCCAGGAUAUGUUGCAGCCCAAGAUUCACUGGUGUCAAGACAACACGAUGCCAAAACUGGGAGAACUGUCAGCGAACCUUAUUGACAGGGCAAGUCUCAAAUACAAUCCAAGACCGGGAAAGGACUGUGGCGUUCCGGAGGUGGAGUUCUGCCUGGCAGCUGGUGGUACAGAGGGACUUCCUAUCUGCAUACAGAGUGCAGUUGCCAAUUUAGAAGAACUGGAUGUUGAGAAAAACCCUUAUAUAAAAGUUAAAUCAGGAGUAUGGCUUGCUUAUUCGAACUAUAAUUACAAAGGAGAGAUGAAGGUUUUGGAAGAAUGUGAUUCACCAUCUGAAAUUCCUUCAGCAGAUGUAAAAUCUCUGCGUCCCUUAAAAAUGGGUGGACUAAAGGUACAAAUGCCAAUGGAUGUCAAGAUAAUAAUAUAUGAGAAAACUCACUUUGAAGGGUGGUCCAAAGAGUUUUCAGAAAACAUCAGUUCUGUCCCAGCUCUGUUUGUUAGUGAAGAGGAGUUUCAGGAAAUUGGAUCAAUACGGGUAAUUGGUGGAGUAUGGGUUGCCUAUGAUAAGGAGCGCUACAAAGGCCGUCAGUACUUGCUGGAGGAGGGAGAUUAUGAAGACAGACACUCAUGGGGGGGAACUGACAGUGUCCUUCUGUCUUUCUGGUUCCUUCAGGCUGAUUUCAUAGAGUCAUCCGUGGCACUUUUUCAGUCUGAUGAUGAAGAUGGGAAAUCAUUAGACAUCACCAAUGAAGAAAUCCCUGAUUUGGAGCAGGCUGGGUUUGGCCCAGAGACAAGAUCAAUUCUUGUGAGAAGUGGAGUGUGGGUUGCAUAUCAACAGAAGUAUUUCUGUGGAGAGCAGUAUGUAUUGGAGAAAGGAAGAUAUAAAUGUUUCUUUGACUGGGGAGGAUCUAGUAAAAUCAUCAUGUCAAUUCGACCUGUUAAGUUGGAACCACUUGGAAUGAAUGAGCCUCCACAUCUGCUCAAAGCUUUCAGUAAUACACAUUUCCAAGGAACAUGUAUAGAUUUCACAGCAGAAGUUUCUGAUUUUACAUCAUUCAUACCAUGUUCAUUUAAGGUUCUUCGGGGAUGUUGGCUCCUGUAUUACCAAGGGGAAAUUACUGACAAUCACUGUGUGCUGGAAGAAGGCCUCUAUGUUGACCUCAGUUCCUGUGGCUGCCCAACUGCUACAAUCAAAUCCCUCAAGCCUAUUCAAUAUGUUUUUGCUGAGCCCUCUGUAAGUCUGUUUGCUCUGGAAUGCUGCAAGGGAAGAGAGCUGCAUUUCAGCGGACCUGUCAAUUCUGUUUUGAGUGAGGACCUUCAUUUUUACACUCAGUCUGUAUGGGUGAGAAGUGGAUUGUGGAUUGCGUACGAGGGAUGCAAUUUUUUAGGAAAGCAGAUUCUGCUGGAGCCGGGUGAGAUUUCAAACUGGAAUGAACACAGUGGCUGGAAAGGAAUUGGCUCCCUUCGUCCUUUGAAGCAGCCAGCAGUGUACCUCAGAGUGAAGAACCGAGCCCACGGUAAAUAUCUGACGGUCACUGGAAGCCUGGCAGAUAUAAGAGCAACAUCGGUGUGUGCAUCCCCGUAUAACGGGAAGAAUACCCAGAUCUGGCACUACUGUCGUGGACUCUUCAAAUCCAAGGCUAACAACGCCUGCCUGGAUGUCAUCGGUGGCAGAGAUGUGCCUGGGGCUAAAGUCGCACUCUGGGCAGAACAUGGGAAGGACCGGCAAAAGUGGAGACUCAGUGAGGAUGGAACCAUCAGUUCAUACCUCAGCGACCAACUGGUGCUUGAUAUUAAAGGAGGAAAUUAUUAUGACAAGAAUCACAUCAUUAUGAAUCAUCCAAUAGAUGACAAACAUUCACAAAAAUGGGACAUUGAAAUAUUGUGAGUAAAACCUACCACACAGAUGAACCCUGUGUGGGUUAUUAACA